ACAAAGAGCGCCUAGACUCGUGACGUAAUGUUACUAGCGCCACAUGUUCGAAGGCGUUGCCUAGCGCACGCGCCCCGCUAUCGAAGAUUAGCUUGAUUGCACUUUCGGAUCUCAAGAAAGAUAAGCGUUAUCCCUCAUCGUCGCGCACAGCUGGGUCUCUGAGGUAGACGUUUCACGUGGCGGCAUCGAGCAGCAACUAAAUCACGCGGCCUGACGACGCGAUCGCGGCAUGAGUGAAGCGAAGCCGCCCAGUAAACACGGGGAGACCAAGUCGGAGAAAAGCCCCGAGGCCAAACACGCGCCCGAUGUCAAGGAUGUCGAAGCUGUCUUUCUUGGUGCCUGCGUGGUGGACCUGACCAGCUAUGCGGACCGCUUCCCGAUACCUGGGGAAACGUUGAUUGGUAAUGACUUUGUCAUGGGUCAUGGUGGCAAGGGGGCCAAUUCCUGUGUCAUGGCCGCUCGCAUGGGACUGACGUGUGGAAUGAUCGCAAAAGUUGGCAGUGACAAGAUUGGAAAGGACUACUUACAGUACCUUCGCGAGAUUAAGAUUAAUACAGAUCAUGUCAAGCCGGCAGAUGCGAGGGCCAACAAUGCCACGGCCAACAUCAUUGUGACAAAGAAAGGUCAAAACUGCAUUGUCUAUGUCCCCGGAGCUGCUGCGCUGCUCUUGCCGCAAGACGUCCGCGACGCCGAGCAAAUGAUCAAGAACGCGAAGGUGCUGGUGGCGCACUUUGAAUGCUCCAGACAGACGUUGCUGGAAGCCCUGAAGACUGCACGAAAGCACAACGUGACAACGUUUGUAAAUGCUGCUCCCUACGAUCCUUCAAUGACAGACGAGAUUUACAAGCUCACCGACAUCCUCUGUGUUAACGAGACCGAGGCUAGCCAGCUCACCGGCCUCAAGGUGAGCAACCAGACCGAGUGUCAGGCUGCCGCAAAAGCUCUGCUGGCCAAGGGGUGCCACACUGUGAUAAUCACCCUCGGUUAUCAGGGCGCCUGCUUCUGCACCAGUGCCAAUCAACUGCUCACUCAGGUGCCAGCAGAGAAGGUCGACGUGGAGGAUACGACGGGAGCUGGCGACGCAUUCAACGGGGCUUUCACGUACCACUAUGUGCGACACCGUGAUGUUCCCCUGGCAGACUCCAUCAAGAAGGCAUGCGACGUGGCCACCAUCACGGUCCAGUCGCCCGGCACACAACUCAGCUACCCCGAGCGUGCCGACAUUCCGGAGAGUCUCCUCUGAGACUCGAUACCUGUCCUUCGGGAUACCUGCAGGAUGGCGUUUUGCAUGUGCGUGCUUAUAAACGAAUGCGCUAUAAAAGAAAUCGUGUAUCAUGUGCCUUGGUGCCUCAAGUGCGCUUUGUAAUAAAAUCUUAUAAGAAUUCGUUACCACGGCUUAAAAAUAAACGAGCAUGGGA